GCUUUCAAUGCUGAGAGCUUUCCGGAUAUAUUCACCAUGCUCAUCAAUGUCUCUCAGUUGUGAGUACCAGCAAGCCAGGCAGCCACUACCCGCUACUAGUAUCUGAAAUGGUUCCUGUAAUUAAGAUUCCAUACUCCAGAAGAUUGAGCUGCAACUAUCUAUUGUUAGGAGGUGAUCCAAUUUGUUGAGGGAUGUCAGGAGCAAAGCCAGUUAUGGGUCAAACUCAAGGAGAUGUCCAACGGAUCUGUUCAGAUUUGAAGAGUACUGACUCAGACAAAUUUCACGCAGACAGACAACCUGUACCUUCUGAUAGUUCCUCACACAGAAAAUCAAAUGCAACUUCAUUAAAAAUGUUAUUAGCAAAGGAGAUGACUAAAGAAGUGGAAUCAAAGAGAAAGCCGCAAAGUGUUGUUGCCAGAUUAAUGGGUCUUGAGGAGGAUCUACCUGCUAAAGGAUCUGUUUUGCACCAGGUCAAAAGUGAUUUCAGGAAAAGCCAAUCGUGUAACCAGUUAAAAGCAAUAAACAAGGAUUUAAAGCAACAAGCGCAGCAUCAUUUCAUAAAGUCAACUACACAAGAUGUCAACCCAUUUUGUCAGGAAGCAGUUCAAUAUAAUGGUGUAUAUGAAGUGUCUGAAGCGCACACACGGAUAGGCUAUUUUCAGGACAAACUUUCGCAGAAAGGAGGAUCUUCUGGGAACACGAGUGACAGAGUGGAUAUUUUGGAAGGAAGUGUCAUGGAAAAAGAAUGCUCUGGCAUGGCAGACAAGCCACUUCAUUCUAAGGACUUACAAGAAGCUCUUAGGAUGGUAAGUUCAAACAAAGAUUUAUUUCUGAAAUUUCUUGAAGAACCCAACUCAAUUUUCUCAAGACAGUUGAUAGGGUCUAACACCAAUAUAGCACCACCUCAGAGAAAACGGAUUACAGUACUAAAGCCACUUGGAUAUGUUGAGGGUGAUGGUAUAAGACAGACUGGAAUGGAACAAAUUAAAGAGCAAAAUGGAGCUGCAGUGAGAGGGUUCCAUCAGUUUUCUUGUAAUUAUAAGGAAGAAAAUCCCUCCGUGCCAAGUAGAAUAGUACUCUUGAGGCCUACUCCAGGGAAGCCAAAUAUAACAAAGGCAAAGUUGAUCCCCAGGACAACUCCAUUUCUACCAAUUAAUCCCAUUGGUCUCAGGGGAGCAUUGGAUGACAAUGGGGCAACCCUAGGAUCUACAAAAGUAGAGCCUGGUAUCAUUCAUAACCUGCAAGAUGGCUGUCAUCAACGAGAUGAGUCUUUAUUAUCUUCCUCAUACUCAAAUGGAUAUGGAGGAGAUGAAAGUUCAUUAGGUGAUUCAGAAAUUGAUCAGAACAGUGAUUCUGACAUCGAAUAUAUUGAAGACAAUGGUGGCAGCUUAAGUGACUCUGAGGGAUGUAGUCCCGUGUCGAAGCGUUCAUGGAAUUAUACCAAAAGACAUGGAAAUUCCUAUUCAGGAUCUUCUUUUAGCAAGACUUCCCACUUUGCUGAGUCAUCAGUUACUAAGGAAGCCAAGCAACGGCUUUCAGAGCGAUGGGCAACGGUAACUUGUGAUCAGAUCUGUCAAGAGAAAGUGAAAUUUCCAAGGAGUACAUGCACCUUAGGAGAGAUGCUUUCCAUUCAGGAAGUGAAGAAUGAUGUUUUAAUCAAUGGAUUACCUUCUGUUUCUACUAGUCACUCUUGUGACGCAGAAAAUGAACUGCCUACUCAAGCUAAAUAUGCAACUGCUUGUAGAAAAGAUGAAAAAUAUGGUGAGAGACCUAUGGGGUUACCAAGAUCAACAUCUGUUCCACUGAUUCCAUCCAUGCUUAAUAACAUGGUGGCAAAUGUGAAAGCUUCAAAUCAUCAGGGCCAUGAAAGAGCAAAACAUGUUGUAGCAUCAAAUAAAGAGAAAUCAUCUUUCAGAGGUAGAGUUUCAGAUUUCUUCUUUCCAAGAAGUAAAAGAACAAGAAGGCAGAUAUCUGCCAGUCAUACAUCUGAUUGGUCUUCAGCGAAGACUGAAACCUGUAGUGGUGAUAGUCAAUCAGAUGCCAACCAUGAUUUGGAUGGUAAUGAAAAAUCAACCAGCACUUCAGAGGGAACAGCUGCUUUAAGUGAGGUACCUACAUCAUUAGAUUGUCCAAGUGGAAACCUGAGUAAAUUAGGACUGAAUGAGGGCUUAAAUAGUACACGAGACCAACCCAGCCCUACUUCAGUUCUCGAUGCACCCUCUGAAGAUAGCAGUUGUAAUGAACCUGAGUCAUCUGCAAGCACUACAUCCAAAAAUGCGAAAGCUGUCUCAAGAUCUUCAGCGAUUGACUCUGUAGCUUGUUCCUUAUCAUGGGACGAUACCACCUCAGAAUCACCGUUACCUAGAACCCGAGGGCAGUCCUCUUUUCUCCCUGAUGCAGACGACGAGGAAUCAGAAUGCCAUAUUCUUGUGCAAAAUAUAAUGUCGUCUGCUGGGUUAGACGACGCACAAUCGAGUAUGAUUUUCAUUGGCUGGCAUUUACCCGACUGCCCUCUCGAUCCAGUCCUCUUCAGCAAAGUCUUGGAGCUACGGGAGCAAAGCUCAUACCAAAGGCUUCUUUUCGACUGCGUCAACGUUUCCCUAGUUGAGAUCGGCGAGAACACCUUGCUGAGUACAUUCCCAUGGAGCAAAGCACAUUCAAGAACAUGGGGGGGCGCCACUUCUGCACUGGGGAUAGAAGUCUGGAGCAUCCUGAAAGAUUGGAUUUACGGGACACGGAUGUUCGUGGUGAACAGGAGAGAUAACGCUGGAAUCAUGAUGGAUAGAAUCGUGAAGCAGGAGGUCGAAGGAACAGGCUGGGUGAAAAUGGUGACGACACAGUUCGUUGGCAUCACAGAGCAGAUCGAGGCAGGGGUACUGGAUGAUCUCAUGGGGGAAGCUGUGCUUGAUUUUGCUUGUGCCUGUCAGUGAUGAGAUGUCUUUGCCACUGAUGAACUUCCACUGUAUUUUGGCCGCUCCUCCUCUAAUACACUUCCCAUUUUUGUACGCUGUAUGUCUUUUUUUGCGAGGAACAAUGUGUAUGUAUUUCUAGCUGAUCGAAAGCUUCGUAGUAGUUUUUCAUACUUUUGUAUCACCGUAUUUGAUCAAAUCCGUGCAGUACAGUACAGA